AUGUGUAGCAGUUUGAAGAUUCAUUGCAACGAGAAGGACAUGAACACACUCCUACGCUUCAAAAAAGGAGUCAGAGAUCCUUCAGGCAUGCUCUCCUCAUGGCUCCCAAAAUUAGAUUGUUGUCGAUGGACAGGAGUCAAGUGUGAUAAUAUCACUGGCAGAGUUACACAGCUUAAUCUCCCAUGUCACACAACUCAACCUGAAGUUGUUGCUUAUCAAGAGAAAGACGACAAAUCACACUGCCUAACAGGUGAAUUCAGCCUUACCUUGCUGGAACUAGAAUUUUUGAGCUACUUGGAUUUCAGCAACAAUGACUUCAAGUCUAUCCAAUACAGUUCAAUGGGUAACCACAAAUGUGAUGACUUGUCAAGAGGUAACCUUCCCCAUCUGUGUGGAAACUCCACCAACCUCCAUUAUCUUGAUUUGUCACAUAAUUAUGAUCUGCUUGUCUAUAAUCUCCAUUGGGUUUCCCGUCUUUCCUCAUUGAAAUAUCUUAACCUUGGAGGUGUUCGCCUUCCCAAGGAAAUUGAUUGGCUUCAAUCAGUCACCAUGCUCCCUUCUCUUUUAGAGUUGACCUUGGAGAAUUGUCAACUUGAAAACAUCUAUCCAUUUCUUCAGUAUGCUAAUUUUACUUCACUUCAAGUUUUAAAUCUAGCUGGCAAUGAUUUUGUAUCUGAGUUGCCUAGUUGGUUAUUCAAUCUUAGUUGUGACAUCUCUCAUAUCGACCUUAGCCAAAAUCGCAUAAAUAGCCAACUCCCUGAAAGAUUUCCAAAUUUUAGAAGUAUUCAAACCUUGUUUUUAUCUGAUAAUUAUCUCAAAGGACCUAUUCCAAAUUGGCUUGGACAACUUGAAGAACUAAAAGAACUUGAUCUUUCUCAUAAUUCUUUUUCUGGUCCAAUCCCAGAAGGCUUGGGAAAUCUAUCAUCCUUGAUUAAUUUGAUACUUGAGUCAAAUGAGUUGAAGGGAAAUCUUCCAGACAAUCUCGGGCAUCUCUUCAACUUGGAAACACUUGCAGUUUCAAAAAAUUCCUUGACUGGAAUUGUGUCUGAAAGAAAUUUACGUUCAUUAACAAAUUUGAAGAGCUUUUCCAUGGGUUCACCUUCUCUGGUCUAUGAUUUUGAUCCUGAAUGGGUCCCUCCUUUUCAACUUGUAAGUAUUUCAUUGGGCUAUGUGAGAGACAAACUUCCGGCAUGGCUAUUCACACAGAGUUCUCUAACUGAUCUAAAGAUUUUAGACUCAACUGCUUCAUUUGAACCUCUUGACAAGUUUUGGAACUUUGCUACUCAACUUGAAUAUUUCGUUUUGGUAAACAGCACAAUCAAUGGAGACAUAUCAAAUGUGUUGCUAAGCUCAAAAUUGGUUUGGUUAGAUUCCAAUAAUUUAAGAGGUGGCAUGCCUCGUAUAUCACCAGAAGUGCGUGUUUUGCGUAUAUAUAAUAACUCAUUGUCUGGAUCUAUUUCUCCUCUCUUGUGUGACAGCAUGAAAAAUAAAAGCAAUUUAGUGCAUUUGGACAUGGGUUAUAACCAUUUAACGGGAGAACUCACAGAUUGUUGGAAUGAUUGGAAAUCGUUGGUUCAUAUUGAUUUAGGUUACAACAACCUAACAGGCAAGAUUCCUCACUCAAUGGGCUCCUUGUCUAAUCUUCGUUUUCUGUAUCUGGAAAGCAACAAGUUCUUUGGAGAGGUACCUUUUUCACUAAAUAACUGCAAGAAUCUUUGGAUACUUGAUCUUGGUCACAAUAAUCUUUCUGGAGUUAUACCAAACUGGUUGGGUCAGAGUGUGAGAGGUCUUAAAUUGAGAUCCAAUCAAUUCAGUGGCAACAUUCCCACACAGCUAUGCCAACUUGGUUCCUUAAUGGUGAUGGAUUUUGCAAGCAAUAGAUUAUCAGGACCAAUACCUAAUUGCUUACAUAACUUCACAGCCAUGCUUUUUAGUAAUGCUUCAACUUAUAAAGUUGGCUUUACUGUUCAAUCACCAGAUUUCUCGGUAAGCAUUGCAUGUGGUAUAAGGAUGUUUAUAAAAGGCAAAGAAUUAAAUCGUGUUUAUUUGAUGAAUGACAUUGAUCUCUCGAAUAACAACUUGUCUGGAAGUGUGCCUUUGGAGAUUUAUAUGCUGACUGGAUUACAAUCCUUGAAUUUGUCCCAUAAUCAAUUAAUGGGAACAAUACCACAAGAGAUAGGCAACUUGAAACAAUUGGAGGCCAUUGAUCUCUCAAGAAAUCAAUUCUCGGGAGAAAUUCCUGUGUCCUUGUCUGCCUUGCAUUACCUUUCAGUCUUGAAUUUGUCGUUCAACAAUUUAAUGGGCAAAAUCCCAUCAGGGACCCAACUUGGUUCAACAGACCUUAGCUAUAUUGGCAAUUCUGACCUCUGUGGACCUCCGCUUACAAAGAUAUGCCCACAAGAUGAAAAAUCUCACAAUAUUACAAAACCCGUGAGAGAAGAAGAUGAUGAUGAUGAUAAAUCUGAAGUAUAUUCCUGGUUCUACAUGGGCAUGGGAAUUGGAUUUGCUGUGGGAUUUUGGGGAGUUUUUGGCACCAUUUUGCUCAACAGGAGAUGUAGACUUGUUUAUUUUAGAUUUCUGCACCGAGUGUGCGACUUUGUGAUUCGAAAGAUGAUCUCCAUCUACUGA